AUGAGCGACAUAGAAACAAUCAAGCUCCUCCUCAUCGGCAACAGCAGCGCAGGCAAGUCCAGCUUACUCCUGCGCUUCACCUCCGAUACGUAUGCAGAAGAGGAUAAUCAGGCGACAAUCGGCGUCGACUUCAAAACAAAGCUCAUCAACUUUCGCGGCCAAAAAGUCAAGUUGACCAUCUGGGAUACAGCAGGUCAAGAACGAUUCAGAACGCUCACAUCUUCCUACUAUCGCGGCUGUCAAGGCGUUCUCAUCGUCUAUGAUGUGACGUCGCGUGCCUCAUUCGAUCAAUUACCCCGCUGGAUGGCAGAGCUCGACUCACAUACAGCAGAACAAGAUGUCGUGACCUUUGUUGUUGGCAACAAGACUGAUCGGCAAGGUCGGACAGUGACCAGGGAAGAAGGCGAAGCACUCGCAAAGAAAUUGCACGCAGAUGGGUAUUUUGAGGCAAGUGCCAAGGAUAAUGUCAAUGUACGGAGCAUCUUUGUUAGUUUGACGGAGGAGAUCCUCAAACGCAGAGCAGAGAAGCCCAGUCCUGCUACUGCUUCAUCGACUGUUCGCAUGGAUGCUGGACAAGCUGAUGAUUCGUCUUGUGCCUGUUGAGCAUAUUGAAAAGCCUUGUAUGACAUCUUGUACAUUUUCAGCGUAUUGGCCAAUCCUUUUCAUCUAUCAUCCUCCUCUUGUCGCUGCUCGCCGAGCUUCUCCUCUUCAUCUCUGAUGAAAGUCUCCAGGACCUGCUUAAACUCAGCAGGCUUCUCUGCUUGCACCCAGUGGCCGGCGUCGAUAUCCUUGAUCUGAA